AUGGAAGACUACCCGAAAAAGGUUUACGAUCUGAAAAUCCUACGUCAUCAUCUGCAAACCAGCGCGGCGGCAGCCUGCGUCGUCGAAAGGCGUCUCAAUGCCAAGGAACGGAACCUGCGGCGGCUCCGAGUCAACGAGCGGGAACGGAUGAGAAUGCACAGCCUCAAUGACGCAUUUCAGUCAUUACGAGAAGUCAUACCGCACGUCAAAAAAGAACGUCGCCUGUCCAAGAUAGAAACGCUAACCCUGGCCAAGAACUACAUUACCGCCCUCACCGAUGUCAUCAUCGUCAUGCGAGGUGAAGGGGACACAUCCUCUAACGGCGGGGGUGGCGGUGCUGUCAUCGCUGCAUCCCCGGUGGCCUCGGUUACGACGAAUGCACUACAGAACAACUGCAUCCUGAAAACGGACGUCACCGAUCUUCGACAUCCUCAGCAACAGCACCACCACCACCCAGAUCAGAUUUCGUCCAAUAUGUCCAUACUUGAUGGACUGAACAACGGAAUGUGUCAGCAUCAGCUUCUCCCCCAGCACAACCACAGGGGUAGUGAUAACAACAACGAUAGCAGCAACAACAAUACCCACAAUAACAACAACAACAUCAGCAUGGUGGAUUUCAACAGGAUUGCUAGCGCUAGCAGUAGCAGUAGCAGCUGUAAUGGCAGCACCCACGGUAAUAGAAAUAGUAGCAACAGCAACAAUAACAACAACGGCGGCAGCAACAACAACAAUGCAAGUAGUAUAGAUAUUGAUAACAGCUUCUACGAGGAUCCAUUUCAAAUGAUGUAAACGCCCACUUUUAUUGGGGCGGUGGGUUUUUUUGUGCUUUCUUUCUUUUCAAAUGCAUUAACAAUGGGCUGGGAAGCGAUCAGAUUUUUCUUUCUAAGCUUGUUUGGGCGAGAGUUUGUAGCGUUAUGUGCAUUUGGGAAGUGUGUGGUUCAUUGAAUUUAAUCAAGGUUUAUUUCAAGCUGAUUGCAUACGAGAUAAACUGUGUAGUUUCUUUCAUGUAUCAUAAUUUACUGAACUAAGAGUGCUAUUGAAAACGUGUACAG